UUUUUACCAACUAUGAGAACGGGCGGUUGCACAGUACAACAAGCUCUAACUUCCGAUGCUUUGAGCGUUGUAAAACAAGCUCUGAUUUUGGCGAAGCGGCGUGGCCAUGCCCAAGUGACGCCUCUCCAUGUGGCCACCACCAUGCUUGCAGCCCCCACCGGGCUCUUCCGCACGGCCUGUCUUCAAUCCCACUCUCAUCCUCUUCAGUGCAAAGCUUUAGAGCUUUGCUUUAAUGUGGCCUUAAACCGUCUUCCAGCUUCAAAUUCCAGCCCCAUGUUAGGCCCUCAAUCUCAACACCAUCCUUCAAUCUCCAACGCCCUCGUUGCUGCCUUCAAACGAGCUCAAGCCCACCAACGCCGUGGAUCCAUUGAAAACCAACAACAACCCCUUUUAGCCGUCAAAAUCGAGUUGGAGCAGCUCAUUAUUUCCAUUUUGGACGACCCUAGUGUUAGCCGUGUGAUGAGGGAAGCUGGUUUCUCAAGCACACAAGUCAAGAGUAAAGUGGAACAAGCCGUGUCAACCGAGACCAAGUCGAAUGACAAUGACGACAACAACGAUGACAACAACAACAAUACUACUGUUAGCCAUGUUAUGGGCGCAAUUGGAAUGAAAUCGGCAUCGACAGGGGCGUCUGGUAGAGCGAGUGACGACGACAUCGCAACUGUUAUCAACGAUUUAGCGGAGAAGAAGAAGAGGAGUGUGGUGGUUGUAGGGGAGUGUGUAGCAAGUCUUGAAGGUGUGGUUGAGGCAGCCAUUGGGAGAAUUGAGAAAAGGGAAGUGCCGGAGUGUCUAAAGGAGGUGAAGUUCAUAAAGCUUUCAAUUUCAUGUUUUAGGAAUAGGUCAAGAGUGGAAGUGGAUGAGAAGGUUAUGGAGCUUAAGAGUUUGAUAAGGAGCUGUUUGGGGAAAGGGGUUAUUUUAUAUGUAGGGGAUAUCAAAUGGACAAUAGAUUAUAGAGCUAAUCAUUCAAGUAGUAAUCAAACAAGGGUUUACUAUUGUCCGGUGGAGCAUAUGAUUAUGGAAUUGGGGAAAUUGGCAUAUGGGAAUUAUGUGGGAGAUCAUCAUCAGCAUCACAAUGGCAUUGUUUGGAUUAUGGGAAUUGCAACUUUCCAAACAUACAUGAGAUGCAAAUCUGGAAACCCUUCUCUUGAAACCCUAUUGCCCAUUCAUCCUCUUACUAUUCCGGCCGGCAGCUUGAGGUUGAGUCUCACCGCCGACAGUGGCAUUCAAAGUCAGUGCUUGGAUGAGGAAAAGCAGCUGAGUUGCUGCGUUGAGUGCUCAGCUAAGUUUGAGACAGAAGCACGAAGCUUACAUACUUCAUAUAACACUGACUCAACCACCUCUUCAAGUCCUCUACCUGCAUGGCUUCAACAAUACAAAAAUGAGCAGAAAGCAAUGGAACAAAACGAGCAGAAUUGUGUCACAGUCAGAGACCUUUACAGAAAGUGGAACUCCAUUUGCAAUUCAAUCCACAAGCAUUCAAAUCACAACAAUUGUACUGAGAAAAGUUUAUCAUUCUCUUGUAUUCUUCCAAAUUCUUCUUCGUCAACAUCAUGGUUUUCAUACGAUCAUCAUCAUUAUAAUAAUCCCUUCAAUUUCUCAUCAUACACCCACAACCACAAGCUUCAAGAUCAUAGCCAUGAGGGAAAUAUGGAGCCAAAGCAAUUCAUGGCAUUGAGUAAUAAUAAUAAUAAUAACAAUCAUGGUUCGACCCCUUCUUCAACCUCGUCGGGAAGCGACAUCGUUUUGGAGGGUGAAUAUUUUAGUAGGUUCAAGGAGUUGAACUCUGAGAAUUUCAUGAGCCUUCGUGAUGCCUUGGAGAAGAAGGUACCAUGGCAGAAGAAUGUGGUUGGUGAUAUUGCUAGUGCAGUUCUUCAGUGCAGGUCAGGCAUGGGGAGGAGAAAAGGGAAAAUGGGUCAUGGAGGAGAUCUCAAGCAAGACACUUGGUUGCUGUUUCAAGGCAAUGACUUAGGAGCAAAGGAAAAGGUGGCGGCGGAGUUGGCUAGAGUGAUAUUUGGGUCAGCAACAUCAAAUUUGGUGUCAAUAACAUUGAGCAGCUUCUCCUCGACCAGAGCAGAUUCAAUGGAGGAUUGCAGAAACAAGAGAUCAAGAGAAGAACAAAGUUGCAGCUACAUAGAGAGAUUUGCAGAAGCAGUAACCAUUAACCCUCAUAGAGUGUUCUUGAUUGAAGAUGUUGAGCAAGCAGAUUACUGUUCCCAAAUGGGGUUUAAAAGAGCCAUUGAAGGAGGAAGAUUCACCAAUUCCAAUGGCCAACAAGUUCCUUUAGCUGACGCCAUUCUCAUUCUUAGCUGCGAGAGCUUCAGUGCCAGAUCUAGAGCUUGCUCUCCUCCCAUCAUAAAAGCAUCACAAAAACAACAAAAUGAAGAAAAUGAUCAACCCCAAGACAUUGAACAAGAAAGUAGCCCUUGUUUGGGUUUGGAUUUGAAUAUUUCCAUUGAUGAAGAUGAUGGAGCUGCACAUCAAUCGAUUGAUGAUGUUGGCCUUCUUGAUUCAGUUGAUAGACGAAUUAUUUUUCAAAUUCAACAACUAUGAGACUAAAAAACAUGUAAAAACAAGACCAAAAAAAAAUAGUAAGAGGGUUUUGGGUAGAUUGUUUUGCUUUUGUUAAUUUUUUUCUAUAUCUAUACAUAUUUUGUUUCUUUUAUGUAAUUGUAU